CGAAAAUAUCCGAGCAAAGAUCGUGCACGUUUCGAUCGUAAUGGCAGGACUGGAGCUUUUAUCCGAUGAGGGAUUUAGAUUAGAUGGUCGACGACCGUCUGAACUGAGAAAGAUUCAAUGUCGUCUUGGAGUUUUUGAUCAGGCAGAUGGAUCAGCAUACAUUGAGCAAGGAAAUACCAAGGCUUUGGCAACUGUUUACGGUCCACACGAGGUUGUUGGAGGAAAGGGUAAGCCCCAGCAUGACAAAGUGACCAUCAACUGCCAAUACAGCAUGGCCACAUUCAGCACAAAUGAGAGAAAGAAUCGGCCUCAAGGGGACAGGAAAUCAACCGAAAUGUCACUGCACCUGCAGAGAACGUUUGAAGCCACCAUACAAACACAGCUCUAUCCAAGAUCGCAGAUUGAUAUCUUUGUGCAGAUUCUGCAAGCAGAUGGAGGGAAUUACUGCGCUUGUGUCAAUGCCGCUACUCUUGCAAUCAUCAACGCAGGUAUCCCCAUGAAGGACUAUGUAUGUGCUUGCUCCUCUGGUUUUGUAAAUAAUACACCUCUGUCUGAUGUGAGUUACCUUGAAGAAUCUCAGGGAGGACCUGUAGUGACUGUAGCGUUGCUGCCCAAGUCCGAUCAGAUCGCUCUCUUUAAGAUGGACAAUCGUCUCCAUGUGGAUCACCUAGAGCAGGUGUUGGAGGUAGCCAGUAAGGGUUGUAAGGACAUGUAUGCAGUCAUGGACGCAGCAGUGAAGGAACAUGUCAGUCGGAUGGCAAAGAGUAUGGAAUGUAGCUGAUGAGGAACUACAGCCAGACUUUUUAAGCUAUCAAGAUGGAGAACAUUUCUUUGCCUUCUGAACUAAUAGAAAAUAAAUCCUCUUUGAGAUGCCCUUCAGCUUUCUCUAGAGUCUUGGCGGUAAACCUGUACUUGUAAAAGAGGAGGUUGUCAAUGCCCAUCUCAAUAUAAAAAACCAGCAUGAGUAGAACUUUGCCGAAUCCAAUUGAAUGGCCUGUUGAAUGUAUUACCAGUACUUAUCAAUUUAUUGGUGAGCUUGUACCAAAGACAAUUUUCAAAACUUGCUCAUUGUGGCCAAUAUCAGGACUCAGUCCAGCCUGAGUUGUCAUGAUAUAAGUUGAAUGAUCUCCAUCAAUUUUAAGAACAAAAUGAUUACUGAAAAAUCCAUAGUCUUCCAUGCUGUACCCCUCAUUAUGUUGUACUUACAGCAUAAAAUGUACUUUGGAAGUCAAUCAGGGGACUUGAAGAAGAGACAAAGAUUUUUAAAAUAUUUUUUACUGUUCUCAAAAAUUUAGCAUUCCAGGAUGGAAAUCUUGUGAUAUUAGGUCAUCAUGAUGUAUAAAAUCCACAGUAGCUGGCAUAAACUUUCUUUUUGAAUGUUUUCUUUUUUUUAAGACUAACAAAAUAGAGCAAGAUGGAUUCCAAAUAUACAUUACACACAGCUUUUGAAAUUUAUCAAUAUUGACUCCUGGGCUUAAAACCUUUGGAAACUCAUAUCUUAUCAAGGGGGUGUUUCACAAAGAUUUAAGAAUGACUUAGAGUUGCACUUAAAUGCUGAAACGUACAUGAUAUAUGUCUUAUUGAUCAUUACGCAGUAAUGCGCAUCCUCUUCACAUGAUCUGACCGAUGCGGUCAUGCCUUGCAACUAGACAUUAAUGUGUUACUCUUAGUCAUACUUAAUUCCUUGUGAAACACCCCCAGAUCAUUGUCUCUCUACAUCAUUAAAACAGCUCUUUAGUUUUGCAAGAACAAGAUAUUUCAAUGUUUCUUUAUAAUGAUGUAUGUGACCUUUGAUCGCAUGAACCCAAAUUCUGGUCCAAUCAUUUUCACUCCCAUGUGCAUCAAGCCCAGUUUGAAAUUUUAACACUAAAAUGGUUAUUUAUUCAUCACAAGAUAUUUCAAUUAAUGUAUAUAAUGUCUGGGACCUUCUUGUGAACUUCUUUUACUUGCUAAAUAAUCACCAAUGAACAUUUAACGGUGGAUAUCAUUACCCACAAGAAAGGAUCACAAGUCGCUCUCACAGUCACUUUUAACUUACAAACACCUUAUGAAAUGGCCCCCAUAUCAUUACUCCAAUAUCCCAAGUUUGAAGAUAAACCAUUUUAACCAUUCAAUAGUUAUCAUGAGAAUGAUGUAGAUGUAUAAUGGCCUCAGUGACAUUUGACCCUGACCCCUCUCAAAACAAUACUCAAGAUACUUUUCAUUCCUACCUAUGCAUACCUACCUCCUGAAUUAAGUUUGAAGUUAAUCAAUGAAACGGUUCUUUAGUUAUUGAGGAAAGGUUAAGAGGGUGAUCAAACAGACGGACAACCUGAAACCAUCUAUGGUCUGCUGAGGCAUAAAAACCUCAUUUUCAGUCUUGAAAAUGUGAGAAUGGAAUAAAAUGGAUUGUAAACAUGGAAAACAUGUACAUCAAGUGUUUUUUUUAAUUACUAUUUUAAUAGUGUAAUCAACUAAUAGUGUAAGUUUCUACAGGAGAGAGUAAAUGAACCUGCUUAGAAUUGAAACAAAGUCUGAAAGAAAAGAGAAACAUAAGCUGAGUGAGGAACAUCAUACAAUGGGAGAAUGGUCACUUGGUCGACUUCUACCUUGUGACUUGUCUAAUGCCUGUUGUGCAACAGAAAUAGCAAAUAUGCCUGUCUUUAAAUGAUACAAGAUUUCACAUUCAGUGAAAGACACUCUAUUCAAAUCAGCUU